AUGGGAUGCUAAAUUGGAAAGACCAAUCAAAUUUAAAUUAGAUCUAAGUAUAACAAUCUUGUAGGAAUCAAAUUUUAAGAAGCUAUUGAAAGUAGCAACCCUUAAUUAAAAUAUUUGUAAAAUAAAUGGAAUCAAUUUGAAAUCAAAGACUUUACUGCUGCACUUAAAUUUAAAUAAAGUGAUCCAACUAGAUUUAGAAAGUAUCUUAUGAAUGGAGCACUCUCUUCUAAUAGAUGGCCUUUAUGGAAAGUAUCCUUAUUUGUUGAUAACAUAUUUGAAUCAGGGUGUUAUGAAGCCUUGUUAAAAAGUUCAUAAAAUUAAUUUGAUAGUGAUAUUGAAAAAGACCUACCAAGAACUCUACCAGGUCAUCAAGAAUUUCAUAAAAAAUCUUAAGCAUUAUAAAAUGUACUCAAAGCUAUUGCUGUUUAUAAUAAUGAUUAUGUGACAGGCAUGAAUUAAGUGGCUGGAUUCUUAUUAUUAGUAUGUGGAAUGGAGGAAGAGGAAGCCUUUUGGAUGCUAAAUUAUUUGAAUAUCAAUCCGUAAUUCAAAUUUCAUUAAUUAUAUCAAACGAGUGAUUCAUAGAGUAUAAAGUAAUUUAGUUAUUAGAUUAAAGAAAUCAAUUUGAAUUUGUUGAAAAAUUAUUAAACAUAUUCCAUAAGCAUUUCAAAAAUCAAAUGCCAUAAUUGUAUCAACAUUUUGAAGCUUAAGAUAUAACUCAAUAUUGUUAUAUAUGGAAAUGGAUAUUUUCACUAUUUCUUCAAACAUUCCCUUUUGAAGUGGUACUCUAUUUCUUUGAUUUUAUGAUUGCUAACAAUAUUUUAGCAAUUAUAUCACUAUCUCUUGCUUUACUAAAACACUUUCAAUCUCAUCUACUUAAAUUAGAUUAAUACUAAAUUGCUUAAUUUAUCACUUAACUUUCAGAAUGCUAAGAUGUCUUUGAUAAAUCAAAACAUUCAAAUCAUUUAUGUGUAGAAUAAAUCAUAAUUUAUGCUUCCUAAUUUCAAGAACAAUUAGGAUUUUCGAGAUUAGAAGAAACUUUAAAAUGA